AUGGCUCCUGUAGCGCCAAUCCGCAAGCUCUCUUUAGCAUUCAGCAAUGGACCCAAGGACCUCCUAUUGGCACUUCUGCUCAGGCACGCCGGGACAUUGAGAACGCUGCGACUGUUUACUUCCGCAUUGAGGUCUGAAGACGACUGGACCGAAGUCUUCGAUGUGUUGGCGAGUAACUUCCAGCUUGAGGAAUUAAGUGGUUUUGAUCUGUGUUUUCCCAAUACGAUUGCGAAGACCCACACGUUUCAUUACCAGAAUGAGACCAAUUUCGAACUCUCGGCAGAAGAACAAUUUCCCCAGAACAUGAGCAGUCUGCGGGAGUCUGGUUGCUUCGUGAGCGUUUUGGAGGAUUCAGAAGCGGAUGAUGAAUGA